GCAAUAACAUAUUUAUUACUGCACAGGUUGCAAAAUUUGCCUUGGCUGCAAGUAAGUUGAGCGCUAGGCACCAAGACACGUAUCAUAAGGGGGAGUGUGAGAUGUGGAGUGCUUAACUUAUGCAGAAAGUUGCUCUCAUCCUGAUCAUGUUAUGCAUCACCUGGCUGGGCAAGUGCCAAGGCUCCUGUGUCCGAACCAUAAAUAAAGCAGAAGUUAAAGAUGGAUCAGUCAUUCCUCCAGAUGGAUGCACUUCUCCUUUGGAUGGGACAAAACACGGAAUGGGGUCUGAGUGGAAUGGAGCUAACGGCAUGAAAUGCACAUGCAGCAGAAGCGGAGCAGAAUGCUGUGACAAUAGCAUACCCACAGGGAAAUGAUGAUGCUUCGCAGCUGAAUUUUGAAGCUAUAAAAGUGAAAGGGGACCCAUCACAACUGUGUUUUGAAGCUAUACAAACCUAUUCCAUUCCCUUCAUGUUAGAGAACCUGAAUAAAUGAGUCAAUGUCUUCA